AUGCCUUUAAUGAGAACCUGUUUGCCGCACAUCAAAAAGUUGCCACUUCCACGGAAAAGCGCUGGACGAACCUGCAGCGCUCUGUGCGUCACGCGUUCUGGGAAGAUGACUGUGUUUGUGUGCGCGGUUGUGUAAAUUCACACAAAUGCUGGGACGUCUGUCUCAAGCUCCGAUUUUGAAGUUGGUGGGAACGAAGGGGGGGAAGGGGCUGCGGCGGAAGGGUACAAGCUGCAAACCCGACCUCGCACUGACAGGGGUGGGAAUAAAACUCCCAGACAGGAGCUGCUUAAGUCAUCACCCGCAACGUCUCGGUGCGGAUUUCCAAGACGGCCCCGUAUCUCUACACGGCUCGAGCGGGGACCGCUUCACGCACAGCGAUCGGUGGUAGUCGGAGUGGACUAGUUUUCUUAGCGGAGGUGCGGAGUUUGGAUCCAGGACUGGCGUAGGGGGUGGGGGGGUCUGCUGAAUGGGAGCAGCCAGUGGAUUCGCGUGAAACCAACGCAACCCACCCGGACCACCUCGCACUGCCCAUCAUUUCUGACUUCUCGGGGCGUUUAGGACGCAAACAGAACAAGACCACCUCAAUUCCUCCUAUUGUCCCCUUCCCCUUUCCUCCUUCUCGGAGUCUCCAGGCAGAGGAAUCCUCCAGAAAUGGCUCAGAUACUGCCCAUACGCUUCCAGGAGCAUCUGCAGCUGCAGAGCCUGGGCGUGAACCCGGCCAACAUCGGCUUCAGCUAUCUGACCAUGGAGUCCGACAAGUUCAUCUGCAUCCGGGAGAAGGUGGGCGAGCAGAACCAGGUCGUGAUCGUGGACCUGUCUGACCCCACCAACCCCAUCAGGAGGCCCAUCUCCGCCGACAGCGCCAUCAUGAACCCCACCAGCAAAGUCAUCGCCCUGAAAGCUGCCAAGACGCUGCAGAUCUUCAACAUCGAGAUGAAGAGCAAGAUGAAGGCUCACACCAUGACGGAGGAAGUCAUGUUCUGGAAGUGGAUAUCGGUGAACACCGUGGCCCUGGUGACCGACACGGCCGUCUACCACUGGAGCAUGGAGGGGGAUUCCCAGCCGGCCAAAGUGUUCGAUCGGCACGCUAGCCUGGCGGGAUGUCAGAUAAUUAAUUACAGAACUGACGACCAACAGAAGUGGCUGCUGCUGAUAGGGAUCUCUGCACAGCAAAACCGCGUGGUGGGGGCCAUGCAGCUGUAUUCUGUUGACAGGAAGGUGUCCCAGCCCAUCGAGGGCCACGCUGCUGCCUUCGGGGAUUUCAAAGUGGAGGGAAAUGCCAAAUCCUCCACCCUGUUCUGCUUUGCCGUGCGCUCGCAGGCCGGGGGAAAGUUGCACAUUAUUGAAGUUGGUCAGCCGGCUGCAGGAAACCAGCCAUUUACAAAGAAAGCAGUGGAUGUGUUCUUUCCCCCCGAGGCCCAGACAGACUUUCCCGUAGCUAUGCAGAUUGGUGCUAAGCACGGUGUUAUAUAUUUGAUCACAAAAUACGGCUACAUCCACCUGUACGACCUGGAGUCUGGCGUUUGUAUCUACAUGAAUCGAAUCAGUGCAGAGACCAUUUUUGUAACUGCCCCCCAUGAAGCCACCUCCGGAAUUAUUGGGGUCAACAAGAAGGGACAGGUUCUUUCCGUGUGUGUUGAGGAGGAGAACAUUGUCAACUAUGCCACCAACGUGCUGCAGAACCCUGACCUGGCCUUGAGGAUGGCCGUGAGGUCAAACCUCGCCGGUGCUGAGGAGCUUUUCGGGAGGAAGUUUAACACUCUGUUCGCUCAGGGAAGUUAUUCGGAGGCUGCGAAGGUUGCUGCAUCAGCGCCCAAAGGUAUCCUGAGGACGGCAGAGACCAUCCGUAAGUUCCAGAGCGUCCCGGCCCAGCCCGGUCAGGCUUCCCCACUGUUGCAGUACUUCGGUAUUCUGCUGGACCAGGGCCAGCUCAACAAGUUUGAGUCCCUGGAGCUGUGCAGGCCUGUCCUGCAGCAGGGCCGCAAGCAGCUACUGGAGAAGUGGUUGAAGGAGGACAAGCUGGAGUGCUCAGAGGAGCUGGGGGACCUGGUGAAGGCUUCUGACCCCACGCUUGCUCUUAGUGUGUACCUCAGAGCUAAUGUCCCCAACAAGGUGAUCCAGUGCUUUGCCGAGACCGGCCAGUUCCAGAAGAUCGUGUUGUACGCUAAAAAGGUGGGCUACACCCCCGACUGGGUGUUCUUACUGAGAAACGUGAUGCGCGUCAGUCCGGACCAGGGUCUGCAGUUUGCCCAGAUGCUGGUCCAGGACGAGGAGCCGCUGGCCAACAUCAACCAGAUUGUUGAUGUGUUCAUGGAGGGCAGCCUGAUCCAGCAGUGCACCUCCUUUCUCCUGGAUGCCUUAAAGAACAACCGCCCCGCCGAGGGACACCUACAGACACGUCUGCUGGAGAUGAACCUCAUUCAUGCCCCGCAGGUAGCAGACGCCAUCCUGGGGAACCAGAUGUUCACUCACUACGACCGUGCCCAUGUGGCACAGCUGUGCGAGAAGGCAGGUCUGCUCCAGCGAGCGCUCGAGCACUACACUGACCUGUACGAUAUCAAACGGGCUGUGGUGCACACGCAUCUGCUCAACCCCGAGUGGCUGGUGAACUUUUUCGGGUCCUUGUCGGUGGAGGAUUCCUUGGAGUGUUUAAGGGCUAUGCUGUCAGCUAACAUUAGACAGAACCUGCAGCUGUGCGUCCAAGUAGCGUCAAAGUAUCACGAGCAGCUGGGAACUCAGGCGUUAGUAGAGCUCUUUGAAUCCUUCAAGAGUUAUGAGGGCUUGUUUUACUUCCUGGGAUCGAUUGUGAAUUUCAGCCAGGAGCCCGACGUCCACUUCAAGUACAUCCAGGCCGCCUGUAAAACAGGCCAGAUCAAGGAAGUGGAGAGAAUCUGUAGAGAGAGCAACUGUUAUGACCCUGAAAGGGUUAAAAACUUCCUGAAGGAGGCCAAACUUACAGACCAGCUUCCUCUCAUCAUCGUGUGCGAUCGCUUUGACUUUGUCCAUGACCUGGUGCUCUACCUCUACCGCAACAAUCUGCAGAAGUACAUUGAAAUAUAUGUGCAGAAAGUGAACCCCAGUCGCCUGCCGGUGGUGAUCGGAGGACUGCUGGACGUGGACUGUGCCGAGGACGUGAUUAAGAACCUGAUCAUGGUGGUGAGAGGGCAGUUUUCCACCGAUGAGCUCGUGGAGGAGGUAGAGAAGAGAAACAGGCUAAAACUUCUCCUGCCGUGGCUGGAGUCUCGCAUCCACGAGGGAUGCGAGGAACCCGCCACCCACAACGCUCUCGCCAAGAUCUACAUCGACAGUAACAACACGCCCGAGCGCUUCCUCAAGGAGAACCCGUUCUACGACAGCGCCGUGGUCGGACGCUACUGCGAGAAGCGAGACCCCCACCUGGCCUGCGUGGCCUAUGAACGGGGCCAGUGUGACAUGGAUCUCAUCAAAGUGUGCAAUGAGAACUCGCUAUUCAAGAGUGAGGCUCGAUACCUGGUGCGACGGAAGGACCCGGAGCUUUGGGCCAACGUGUUGGAAGAAAACAACCCGUUCAGGAGGCAACUCAUCGACCAGGUGGUGCAGACGGCUCUGUCGGAGACCCAGGACCCAGAGGAGGUGUCGGUCACAGUCAAGGCCUUCAUGACGGCGGACCUGCCCAACGAGCUGAUUGAGCUGCUGGAGAAGAUUGUGCUUGAUAACUCGGUCUUCAGUGAACACAGAAACCUCCAGAACCUGCUGAUUCUGACGGCCAUCAAGGCGGACCGCACUCGUGUGAUGGAGUACAUCAACAGGCUAGACAACUACGACGCUCCAGACAUUGCCAACAUCGCCAUCAGCAACGAGCUCUUUGAAGAAGCGUUUGCAAUAUUUAAGAAGUUUGACGUCAACACCUCGGCCAUACAGGUAUUGAUCGAGCACAUAGGGAACUUGGACCGUGCCUAUGAGUUCGCGGAGCGCUGUAACGAGCCCGCGGUGUGGAGCCAGUUAGCUCGAGCUCAGCUGCACAGAGACCUGGUCAAGGAGGCCAUCGACUCCUACAUCAAAGCUGUGGACCCCUCAGCGUACAUGGAGGUGGUGGAUGCAGCCAGCAAGAACAAUAACUGGGAGGACUUGGUGAAGUAUCUCCAGAUGGCUCGCAAGAAAGCGCGAGAGUCGUACGUGGAGACGGAGCUGAUCUUCGCUUUAGCCAAGACGAACCGUCUGGCGGAGCUGGAGGAGUUCGUCAGCGGGCCCAACAACGCGCACAUACAGCAGGUGGGCGAUCGAUGCUACGAGGAGGGCAUGUACGACGCCGCCAAGCUCUUGUACAACAACGUGUCCAACUUUGCGCGCCUUGCGUCCACGCUGGUCCACCUGGGGGAGUACCAGGCCGCCGUGGACAGCGCCAGGAAAGCCAACAGCACCCGGACGUGGAAGGAGGUGUGCUUCGCGUGCGUUGACGGCGAGGAGUUUCGCCUGGCGCAGAUCUGCGGCCUUCACAUCGUGAUCCACGCCGACGAGCUGGAGGACCUGAUCAGCUACUAUCAGGACCGCGGGUACUUCGAGGAGCUCAUCGCCCUGCUGGAGGCCGCGCUGGGCCUGGAGCGAGCCCACAUGGGCAUGUUCACAGAGCUCGCCAUCCUCUACUCCAAGUUCAAGCCCCAGAAGAUGAGGGAGCACCUGGAGCUGUUCUGGUCCAGAGUCAACAUCCCAAAGGUCCUUCGUGCAGCCGAGCAGUCUCAUUUAUGGGCAGAGCUGGUUUUCCUCUAUGAUAAAUAUGAGGAGUAUGACAAUGCCGUCAUCACGAUGAUGUCCCAUCCAGCAGAUGCCUGGAAAGAAGGGCUCUUCAAAGAUAUUAUUGCAAAGGUUGCGAAUGUGGAGUUGUACUACAAAUCGCUCUCCUUUUACCUGGAAUUCAAGCCUCUCCUGCUGAAUGACCUGCUGACCAUACUGUCCCCGCGGUUGGACCACAGCCGAGCUGUUAACUUUUUUAGCAAGAUGAACCAGCUGAAGCUGGUGAAGCCUUACCUGAGGUCUGUCCAGAAUCACAACAACAAGUCGGUUAACGAAGCCCUCAACAACUUGCUGACAGAGGAGGAAGACUAUCAGGGCCUGAGAGCCUCCAUCGACGCAUAUGACAACUUCGACACCAUCGGCCUCGCUCAGAGGUUGGAGAAACACGAUCUGAUUGAAUUCAGGCGCAUUGCUGCCUACCUGUACAAAGGCAACAACCGCUGGAGACAGAGUGUGGAGCUGUGCAAGAAGGACAAACUCUACAAGGAUGCCAUGCUGUACGCUGCAGAGUCCAAGGAUGCUGAGCUGGCAGAAACGCUGCUCCAGUGGUUCCUGGAGGAGGGCCGGAGGGAAUGCUUCGCCGCCUGCCUCUUCGCCUCCUACGACCUGCUGCACCCUGACGUGGUGCUGGAGCUCGCCUGGAGGCACAACAUCAUGGACUUUGCCAUGCCGUACUUCAUCCAGGUCAUGAGAGAGUACCUCACUAAGGUUGAUGAGUUUGCAGCGAAGGUGACGGUGGACAAACUGGAGGAGGCAGAAAGCCAAAGGAAAACCGAAGAGGAGGUGACGGAACCUCAGCCGAUGGUGUUUGGCCAGCAGCUGAUGCUGACCGCCCCCGCGGCUCCAGUCGCUGCCCAGCCGUCGUACCCCGGCUACGGCUACGCUGCACCGGCCUCCGUCCCCGCCGGCUUCGCUGCUCCGCCUGCCUACGGGUUCACCAUGUAGACCCCCUCCUUCACCUCCUCCACCCUUUCCCCCCACACGCACUCACACACUCUCGACAACCCUGAACCGCGCCGACCCGUGCUGCUCUGGAGCUCUAGUGAUGCGGAGGAACCACAACCGGGCCCUCCUCGCUCCCAGUGACUCCACCCACCUUCACUGAACCUGCAAUAGAAACUCUGCAUCUCUACUUUGUGCCCACGAGGUCGACGGACGCUCCCCUUAUGUUAUACCUGCAUCACUGAACUGCACAGCAUGAAGCCGCCUCUCAGCUCCUAGAGGAACCUACACAUGAAAGACUUAGUUAGACCAAACCACUCGGUCCUGUUGCUGUUCCAUGUAGACUUUACUAACCAUUGAGCAGCUUAUUCCUUUGAAUUGUUCUACUUUUCCUAGAGUUUCAGCACUGAUGAGGAGGAGACUUUACUACUGGGGAGUUGAGGGACGUGUGCGUCUCCCUCUGUUCCUAAAGCACUGCUACGACCUUAGAAAGUAGCAAAAAGAGGUUCAUUUGUUUGUGUUUGGGUUCACAUCUGUCUCACGAGUUACUGUGCAGUUGUUUCAUUUGUUUACUCACAACAGGUUGUUUAUGAGGUUACGGUACUGCGUGUGUGUGUGUGUGUGUGUGUGUGUGUGUGUGUGUGUGUGUGUGUGUGUGUGUGUGUGUGUGUGUGUGUGUGUGUGUGUGUGUGUGUGUGUGUGUGUGUGUGUGUGUGUGCGUGUGUGUGUGUGGCCUCUGAAGCCUUCGAGGGACAUGUCACCAAACCAGCACGCACUGUGGGAAGUUUGUGCUCCAAACAAACAAGUCCAGAACAGUAGAACCCAUAUAUCCAUAACACGGGGACUUCUGGAGAGGUGGAAGAGCUAAAACAAACAAAAUGCCAUACGCUGUAGUCUGUGCAUGUGCUGCCAAACUAUACCGCUGCAACCAGGAGCACAAUUUUCACGUUAAGUAUAUUCACUAAUGUUGUGUCCAAACGAAGUGAUGUUCUUACCCAACUAACAGAAAACGAUGAUGAAGAUCGGAACGACUGAGGAACAUUAUCUCACAUGCUGGUACCAGGUGGUUAAAAAUCUGAAUUGUAAUGAAGAUGGUGUAUAAUUUAAGAUAAAUUGAAAUAUCUAAUUGAAAAAAAUCAUUAUGAAAUACCGUAUGUAUUGUCUGUAGUGUGUUGUUGUAGUCAUAAAAAGCCUAAUGAUUUUUGUAAAAAAAAGGAAAAACAAUGCAAAAACAGCAGGUUAAUAAACAGUAAAGCCUUGAGGCAAAGCUGCUUGAA